UUUUAGUAACGUUAGUCACACCGCAGAGGUUAAAGGUAUGAAGUGUUAGGUAGAUAGUUGGAAAAAGUGUUCUGGUAUAUUGUGUUUCUAUAGUAUUAUUUAGACAAGAAGGAAAUAGACGACAUGAAGAUAACCUUAGUGAUAACCUUGCUCGUUGCGGCAUUAUUCAAGGAAUCCGUACAACAAUGCUUCCCUCCGUUUGCUGGUAAUCAACCAAGUCAAAAAUCCGGCCCAUACCUUUAUUCUGGACAACAGGAAUUUUCUUUGGCUCUACUGAACGCCGUUAACAGAGUAAUUCCCAAUGAAAAUCUUUUCUUCUCGCCAUAUUCUACGUACCAUGCUUUACUUAUGGCGUAUUUCUUAUCAGGUCGACAAACGGAAAAUUAUUUAAAGAAAGUUCUACGACUAAAUCCAGCUCAGGAAAAAUCAGAUAUUUACGCUGCUUAUAACGUAGAUAGAUUCGUGACUAAAUUUAUAGCCCAAACUGCCCCUUAUGAAUUCACCAGCGCUAACAAGAUAUAUGUAGAAAAUGAUGUACCAGUACGCGAAUGCGUACUAAAUGAUUUUCCAAAUGAAUUGGAAAUGAAAGACUUUAAAACUAGUCCCGAAGCUGCUAGACAACAAAUAAAUAACUGGGUAGAAAAUGUUACACACAACAUGAUUAAAGAUCUCAUUCCUCCUGGCACAAUUGACUCAUCUACAAAUUUGGUUUUGGUAAAUGCUGCAUAUUUCAAAGGGUUGUGGGAAAAUAAAUUUCCACCAGAAUAUACCAAACAAGAGGUGUUUUAUGUAAGUCCCUCAAAGCAGAUUAUGGUUGAUAUGAUGCAUGUCGAAGGAACAUUUAAACAUGACGUGUCUGAAACUUUGGGAGCACACAUUUUGGAAAUGCCUUAUAAGGGAGAUAAUAUAAGUAUGUACAUUCUUCUCCCACCAUUCUCAAGUACUGAAAACUCAAUAGAAGCUACAUUAAAAAAAUUAACUUUGGCAAACUUUAAGAAUAUUGUUGAAAAUGACAGUUUAGUUUCCAAAACUGUUCAAGUCGCUUUUCCUAAAUUCAGUUUGGAAACCACUUUGGAAAUGACUCCGAUUCUUCAGUAUAUGGGAGUAGGAGAUCUCUUUGAACCCACCUCAGACCUAUCAGUUCUAUCUGACAAGAAAGUGACUCUCGGAGGAUCGUUGCACAAAGCCAAAAUUGAAGUUAAUGAAGACGGAACUAAAGUAGCAGCUGCAACUACAUUCUUCAGUUUUAGAUCGAGCAGACCAGCGGAACCGGCACAAUUUAUUUGCAACCAUCCAUUUAUUUAUGUUAUUUAUGAAAAGAUGGAAAGAGCUGUUCUUUUUAGUGGAGUUUUUAGAAGGCCUUAUUAGAAAUAAUGUAGUCUAAUGCAAUGGAAUGUUAGCAACCUUUUUACAACUACACAAUGAAUUCAAUGUCAUAACAAUUUGUAUAAAUUUGACAGAUAGGGGAAAUGUUAAAACUACUACCGACUGAGUAUUUUCUUACAUAUCUUUUGGUGCAUAUCAGAUUUGUUUUAUUUUCUAAAUCUAAUUAUUUAGUAUCUAAUUAUGGCGUGAUAUAAACCUAUUUUUAGCUUUAAAAUAAGCAAAUGUUACUUUUACCAUGUCACAUAGGUAUUUAAAAUACAUACAUAGUUUUUACUAAUUUUAAGCAAUAAUAAUCAUAAAUGGUUCUAAUAAUGCUAGUCUAGAGAACAGGAACUAGAUAAAUAAUAAAUUACACAUCUGAGAAGUCCGUUUUAUUAACCGCUGUAUAUUUUAAACCAACUAUAUAAAAAUAUUGUUUUUUGUGCACUUGCAUGAACAAUAUUCUUUAUCAAAUUAGCUCAGACUACAGUGACUGUUUUAUUGUAUGUAUUAAAAGUGUAAAGUGAUAGAUUAAAUAUUUACUAAGA